UAUAUAGCUAGCUCAGCGAGUGAGUUCACCCAAACACUUCAAAUAAUUAUGAGUUCCUUGCCUAAUAAGACCUUCUCUGGGGAGCAGCAGCAGCUAGACCUGGAGGAUUCCGGUCGAACUGAGAGAGCACAAUGGUUGAUUAAUUCACCCGAGCCUCCUAGUUUAUGGCAGGAACUUGUUGGUGCUGUCAGAGGAAGUGUCUUUACUCAUGGAAGAAAGGACUUCUCAUCGACCAAAGGGAGAUGUGCCAUGUCAUUCCUCCAAGGUCUAUUUCCAAUCCUCAGCUGGGGAAGGGCAUACAAUGCUUCAAGAUUUAAAAAAGAUUUAAUGGCGGGUUUAACCCUUGCAAGCCUUAGCAUUCCUCAGAGUAUUGGAUAUGCUAAUUUAGCGAAGCUUGAUCCUCAACAUGGCCGGUACUCUAGUGUCGUCCCACCUCUUAUUUAUGCGUUAAUGGGGAGUUCAAGGGAGAUAGCUAUCGGACCAGUAGCUGUGGUUUCAAUGCUGCUGUCUUCAAUGAUUCCAAACACGGUGGAUCCUGCAGCUGACCCCAUUGGGUACAGAAGGCUAGUGUUCACUGUGACAUUCUUUGCUGGAACUUUCCAAGCCAUAUUUGGAUUGUUUAGAUUGGGCUUCCUGGUGGAUCUUCUUUCACAUGCUGCAAUUGCUGGAUUCAUGGCGAGUGCCGCCAUUGUCAUAGGCCUGCAACUGAAGGGGCUAUUUGGAAUGAGUCACUUCACCACUAAAACCGAUGUGGUAUCAGUCUUGGGCUCGGUUUUCAAAUCAGUUGAACAUGAAUGGUAUCCUCUUAAUUUCGUCCUAGGUUGUUCAUUCCUUGUAUUCCUCCUAGCCGCCAGGUUUAUCGGAAGAAGAAACGAAAAACUCUUCUGGUUCCCAGCAAUCGCUCCUCUAUUAUCAGUCAUAUUAUCUACCCUGAUAGUAUAUCUUACCAAGGCAGAUAAGCAUGGGGUGAAGAUAGUAAAACACAUAAAAGGAGGCAUCAAUCCAAGCUCACUCCACCAGUUACAGUUUAACAGCCCACAUGUUUCAGAAGCAGCCAAAAUUGGGUUAAUUUCUGCUGUUGUUGCUCUCACUGAAGCCAUCGCUGUUGGCCGAUCAUUUGCUUCAAUCAAAGGAUACCAUUUAGAUGGGAACAAGGAAAUGAUGGCCAUGGGUUUCAUGAACCUUGCAGGAUCUCUAACUUCUUGCUAUGUGGCCACUGGUUCAUUUUCUAGGACUGCUGUGAAUUUCAGCGCAGGGACUGUGGUGUCAAAUAUAGUUAUGGCCAUUACAGUUUUGUUGUCAUUGGAAUUGUUUACCAGGCUCUUGUAUUACACUCCAAUGGCCAUUCUUGCUUCCAUCAUUCUGUCUGCACUUCCUGGACUUAUUGACAUUAAUGAAGCUUACUACAUCUGGAAGGUUGACAAACUAGACUUCCUAGCUUGCAGCGGCGCCUUCAUUGGAGUCUUGUUCACAUCGGUGGAGAUUGGUCUUCUAGCUGCGGUAACUAUUUCAUUUGCGAAAAUAUUAUUGAAUUCCAUUCGACCAGCCGUUGAACCACUUGGAAGACUUCCAAGAACUGAUAUUUUUUGUGAGGUUGAUCAAUAUCCCAUGGCCAUUAAAACUCCAGGCAUCAUGGCACUUCGUGUAAACUCUGGCCUACUUUGCUUUGCUAAUGCCAAUUUUCUCAGAGAAAGAAUAGUGAGGUGCGUGAAUGAAGAGAAGGAAACAAAAGAAACUGCAAAAGACAGUGUUCAAAUCUUAAUCCUCGACAUGUCCAAUGUGAUGAACAUAGACACUUCCGGAAUUCGGGCACUGGAAGAACUGCACAAGAACCUGGUUUCACUAGGCAUAAAAUCGGCAAUGGUGAAUCUAAGGUGGCUCGUGAUCCACAAGCUAAAGCUAGCAAAAUUUGUGGAGAAGAUUGGAGCAGAGUGGAUUUUCCUCACUGUUGGUGAAGCUGUAGAUGCAUGCCUUGCUUCCAAAUUAGCAAGCACCAGCAACUGCUAAUGGCUUCAUAUCAUCUACUAAUGUAGCCAGCCGGGUUUCGAUUUUCCAUAUCAGUUCUUGAUUAAUUAUUUUUAAUCAAGAACUUCACUAAAAAAAUUUGAAUAAAGUUUGUCCACAUGGGCUUUAAUGUAGCCUUUGUGCAUGCUAAUAAUUGGUUACUUUAAUUUGUAUUGGUUUGAUCAAGGGAAGGAAAGUUAGAA